GUCGAAUCGAAUCGGUCGGUGUGCACAUCACACACACACACACACACACACACAUACACACACAUAUAUACACAAGUCGUCCGGGACGCAAAACGUUUCGCCAAACACUCGACGGGCACGCGCACCUGCAGACGGACCGACCGACAGACGACAGCACACGCUAGCCGCACGGCAAAUAUAUACACCACACCGGUACCGAGGCCGCGCCGAAAUGAUCGCUGGCCACAGACUGUGCCUGUUGACGCUCGCCGUCCUCCUGGUGGCCGUGCAGACCCUGCAGGCCGCCGCCCCGAAGCCCGACAGGGGGUCGGUCCGGUUCGCCGACAACCAGCACAUCCCGGUCCGGCCGAAAGCCGUCGCCGAGCCGUCCAAGCCCAAGUCUUCGUCGCCGACCAAGACGAAAAAGCCAUCGGCACCCGCGCAGGCGGACGCCAAGAAAAAGACGCCCGUCAAGCCAUCCGUCGCCGCAGCGACCGCCAAGAAAUCUCCAAAACCAGUAGAUGACAAAUAUAGAAGCGAGUUUGAAGAAUAUAUGCGUCAACAAAUUCAACAAUGGCAAAUUGCAGUUGUAAAUGGUCAGCCAAUAUCACCACCUGCAGGAUCACAACCUUCCGGACAACCACCAUCUAGUGUGUGGAUCCAGGUCCCAGCUAACGGAUAUUACCCUCCACCAUCAUACCCAUACCCGCAAUACCCACAACCAUCUUACCCACCUCCGUCUUACCCACCACCAUCUUACCCGCCACCUUCAUAUCCACCUCCAUCUUAUCCACAACCAUCUUACCCACCGCCAUCAUAUCCACCACCUGCAUACCCUCAACCACCACAAUAUCCUCAACCGUCUCCAUAUCCUCCACCUUCACCAUACCCACAACAACCAUUGUAUCCACCACAACCAGCACCAAGUCCAGUUUCUGAGGAGUCUGAAUUAUCUACCCCUGCGCCAUCAGAAGGAAGCUCAUCACAGCCAGAAACACCGGAAGCAGUAACUACUCAACCAGAAUACCCAUCCCCACCAGCAUCAGGAUAUCCAUCACCACCAGCACCAGAAUAUCCAUCUCCGCCAGCACCAGAAUACCCACCAUCUACCUCAGUGCCAGAAUACCCACCAUCCACACCAGCACCAGAGUCUGGAACACCACCACCAGGAGUUUCUGAACCAGAACUCCCAGAAAUCACUCAAGCUCCGGAGUAUAUCACUUCCAAACCAGAAAGCUCUACAGAUCUUCCGGAAGUGAUUCCGACAUAUCCGGAAACACAACAACCUGAGCAGCCAGGAGUACCUUUAUAUCCUGGUCAACCAGAAGAAGUACCGACUACUGUACAACCAGAAACUUCAUCUGAAGUUUCUACUGAUCAACCAGCCUAUCCGGGAAAACCUAGUUCUGAAACGCCGGGGGAAGAACCAGAAGUCACUACCAGUGCAGGAACUACAUAUUCUCCUGAUCCAGAUGCUCCGUCACCAACUGGGCCACCGUCGACAGACGCGUUAAAAGCUCAAUGUAAGGAACCGAGAGGACAAUUCCCGAGUGAAAGUUCUUGCAACAAGUUCAUAAACUGUUGGGAUGAAACGGCAGUUGAACAGACGUGUCCCGCAGGAUUGGUAUUUAACCCAGAAAAACGAUACUGUGACUAUCCGGCAAAUGUAGACUGUGGUUCUAGACCUAUUACAGUGGGAACUGAAAACGGCAAUAAUACUAAAUGUCCAGAUGGUUAUGGAACGUACCGUAGUACGGAAAAUUGCGGAGCUUUCUAUGUUUGUGUAGCUGGAUCUCCUGUAGAUUUCGUUUGCCCCGGUGGAACAAACUACAACGACGAUUUGAAAAUUUGUGACUACCCAUACCGCGUAGAUUGCAAAGGAUUGCCAAACAAUCCUGAACCAAUUGAAACGGCUACUGAAACCGAAAUCAAUACCACAUACGCCCCCGAAAUAUCAUCCACAACUCCAUAUGUUCCACUAUCUUCAGCUGAAUCUUCGCCAGCCACCGAAGUCGUGCCGACAUCGUCGACGUCCACCACGAUUGCCCCAGUCGCCGACCCAGUAGCCAUUUACAAUUACAACUUAAGGAAAAUACCACCGAGCAUGGUAAACACUGGAGUGCGUUGUAGUCACAAGAGUAUUUACCGACUUACUCCAGAUUGUUCUUCAGUGACCCUCUGCCGCAACGGAUUUACUCACAUUCUCAACUGUGCACAUGCUACCAGCUAUGAUAUAGGCAGCCAAAAGUGUUUGCCAAGUCAAAGGGCAAAUUGCGGACGAUCAGCCUAGAAACACAACAACCGAUGAGAAGUAAAUAGAAACUCAACAAUUGAAAAAAUAAACCCAAAAACAAACAAGAAAUGAAGCUGUGUGUAUUGUUCAAUCAACAUUAUUAUUAAGUUAUUUAUUAUAAAAUAUGUAUCGUAGUUCUCAUUUCUAGUAUAAUUUUUUGUGCCCUUUUGGUAUAUUCUUUUUUCAACAAUCUAAAACGACAUGUCAACUUUUGAUACGUACGAUUAGCGGAGAAAGAAAAUACUGAACACAAAAGUAUAAGCAUGUAAUUUAUAUUUAAUAAUUUAUUUCUUUUUAAAUGUAAUCGAUAUUAUUCUAAAAUAAAUUGAUCGCUAAAAUAUGAGUAUUUAAAAAAAUU